CCGGCCGGUGCGCGCUGAGGCCCUCGCCCGCCCCUCGCGAGCCCCUUGGAACGCGCCACCAUCCUCCUCAGGACGUGCUGCCCAGCACCUGCAACCAUGUGUCGCACCCUGGCCACCUUCCCCACCACCUGCCUGGAGAGAGCCAAAGAAUUCAAGACGCGUCUGGGAAUCUUUCUUCACAAAUCAGAGCUGGGCUCUGAUUCUGGGAAUGUUGGCAAGUUCGAGUGGGGCAGUAAACACAAUAAAGAGGGAAGCUUCUCAGAAGAUGUGCUGGGGUGGAGAGAGUCCUUUGACUUGCUGCUGAGCAGUAAAAAUGGAGUGGCUGCUUUCCACGCCUUCCUGAAGACAGAGUUCAGUGAGGAGAACCUGGAGUUCUGGCUGGCCUGCGAGGAGUUCAAGAAGAUCCGAUCUGCUGCCAAGCUGGCCUCCAGGGCUCACCGCAUCUUUGAUGAGUUCAUUCGCAGUGAAGCCCCUAAAGAGGUGAACAUAGACCACGAGACCCGGGAGCUGACCAGGACGAACCUGCAGGCCACCACUGCCAGGUGCUUCGAGGUGGCUCAGGGGAAGACACGCACCUUGAUGGAGAAGGACUCCUACCCGCGUUUCCUCAAGUCGCCCGCCUACCAAGACCUGGCCGCCCGAGCCUGUGCCGCCUCCGCCUGUACGUCCGGCUGCAGCCCGGCGGAGCCCUCACACACCUGAGCCUUCGGGCCCUGAGGAAGCUGGUGGGCAGAGAGGUGGAGUCACCCAUCCCCGAGGCGCCACCCCUGUGUGGGAGGCAGGUUCUGCCCAGCAAGUGCAAGAGGACAGUGGCGGGAAAGGGCGCUCCAGAGCCACCUGGGAACAGCAGCCUCUCCCCAGAGACUGUGGGCUCAGGCUCCCCGCUUCCAGGAGCUGCGGGGAAGGGCCACAUGGGGUCGGUGCGGGGCUCUUUGGGGAUGAGAUUGGUGGUGCGGCAGUUAGCACUGGCUCUUGACCUUCCCACGGGGGCAAGCAGGUAUUUCAGGGUGGCUUGGGCAACUUGAAGAAGAGUGAGGGAAGGAGGCAACUGGAUCAGCCGUUGGUCUGUGGGGCAGGUGACUUCGAUUCUAUCACAGAAGGAGCCAUGGGUGUGGAGUCUUCCCAUUGUGCCCUCCUCUCCUACCCGGGCUCACCCCAGGGUCCCUUAGCUUAUGCUCCUCUGUGUCCUUCCUCACAGUCCUCUCAAGGCCAACAUGAUUCUUGCCUAGAAUGAGAUGUUUAUACCUCAAAAACUGGCCUUUGAGCCCCUUAGCAGGUCUGUAGCAAAUCCUGAGAGGAGGCCAUCUUGAGCUUGUGGACCCAGCGGGGUGCUCUUGGUGGCCUCCUGCAGGUGGCCCCUGACGAUGCUUGCAGCAGGCCCACCUGUGAGCAGGGUCCUCUGGGGGGCUUCUGAGCCCUGUGCUGCCCUUGAAGGUAGGGCUAGGAGGAGGGAGGAGGGAGAAGGGAUGUCGUGGGGGCAGGUGACCCCGCUCCCACACCAGCGGUGUGGAACGGGGAGAGAAGGGUACUCUGGCAAUACCUGAAAGUCCUGCUGAAAUCAAGCCACUGUUUCCUGUGGACAUGAGAAUAGGGAAAAAGAAAUGCCCUAUGGUGACCGGACAUCUUUCCUACACACAGAAGAUGCACCACUGGGAUGUUGGGGAAGAGGGCAGGGACCACUGUGGCCCCAGGACAGAAGGUAGAAGUUGUGAGUGAAGCUGAGAGCAGGGCUGCUUGGGAAGGCGGGACUGGGGACAUCAGAACUUGCCUGUCACCUCAGGGCCUCACCGAACAAACAUUCCAGGAUAGGAUUUCCUGCACCAGAGCCCAGGUGGGAGCCCCUUGUGCCCCGGGAUCGCCAACACUGUUCUCUCUGCACUUGAACUCCUCCAGGAGGAAAUUUAUGUAAGCGUCAUGUUUUGUGGCGGUGUGCCAAUUGUCAUAGCAUAUUACUUUUGUUACCGUGUCGCCGUUGUUAUUUAUUGUUGUCAUUUCCGUUCGUCUCUACUGGAGAAUCUCAGCAGCAGUUGCUGCCUGCCUGUCCCCUCCUCCACCAGACUCUACCUCUGAGCGUGCUGGGAACCGCUAGGGCUUGUCAGGAACUCCUUGUUGUUUAAAUAUUUAUUUAUUGUUGACAAAGGGAGCUGGGUUCCUUAAUGAGUGAUGUAUACAAUGCCUGUUUUCUUGUUUCAGCAUGUUAUAUUCUUGUAAAAUAAAAAUAAAACAUAAAUGCCACA